AUGGAAAAUCAGAACAAUGUCACGGAAUUUGUUUUCGUGGGGCUGUGGGAAAAUAAGAAAAUAGAGCUACUGUUCUUUUUCUUGUUCCUGCUCUGUUACCUGGCCAUCUUAAUGGGGAAUUCCAUCAUCUUCCUCACCAUCACCUGCAGCCAUCUAAUCCGACAACCAAUGUACUACUUCCUCUGCCAUCUUUCCCUCAUGGACCUCUGCUACACCUCCGCCGUGGUCCCCAGGCUAAUCAGGGACUUAGCUGCAGCGAGAAAAAACAUUUCCUAUAACAACUGUAUGACCCAGCUCUUCACCGCCCACUUGCUGGCAGGUGUGGAAAUCUGCAUCUUGGUGUCCAUGGCCUUUGACCGCUACGUGGCCAUCGUCAAGCCCCUGCACUACGUGGCCAUCAUGAGCCGGCAGAGGUGUAACAUGCUGGUGGUCCUGGCCUGGGCCGUGGGGUUUUGGCAUUCUGUUGCUCUUCUUCUCAUGGUGCUCAGUUUACCCUUCUGUGGUCCUAAUCAGAUAGACCACUACCUAUGUGAUGUGAAGCCUCUUUUGAAACUGGUGUGCAAAGACAUUCACGUCGUGAGUAUCUUAGUGAUAGCAAAUUCGGGGAUGGUGGUGGUUGUCAUUUUUCUCGUGCUGGUGGUUUCUUACAUACUCAUAUUAUGUAAUCUCAGAACCCGCUCCUCCGCAGGGCGACGGAAAGCCCUCUCAACCUGUAGUUCUCACAUCAUGGUGGUGGCUUUAUUCUUCGUUCCCUGCAUCUAUACCCAUGUUCUUCGUGCGGGCGCUGAGAACAGGGAUAAGGGGGUCUCUGUGUUUUACACUGUGAUCGCCCCCAUGCUGAAUCCUCUCAUCUGCACCCUCCGAAACAUGGAGAUGAACGUCGCCAUGCGGAAGGUAUGGUCUCAAGUGGCACAUUCAGAUUUGAAGCAAAUAAAGUGA